UGAUUAUUCGUCUCGCCAAACCACGAAGCGGAUAUUUUCCGUUGGCUAGAACAUUUCGGCCAGAAUCUCUAUCUAAAAACAAUGCGCCAUACAGCAGAUAUGCACUCCACAUCCCGUACCGAAGUCUGAUGCCGUCAAUUCCCCUCGGGUGUGAGUCGCACCAGACUUCUGCUUACUGCGUGUCCGGCCAGACCCCCGGCAUCUCUAGAUAUCAUGCCUAUCGCAUUUAGCAUAUAAUAUGCGACCCCCCAUCAACUCUGCCUCUUGUUUCCUCAGAUUGAUCACAUCAGUAGAUACCUAACCAAACCACGCCUCUUCCUCUUCUACACCAUGUCUCAAUCACAGUCCGAUCGCUCCCCAUACUAUGACAUUGUCAUUGUUGGAGCUGGCCCGGUUGGCCUCAUGCUCGCAACAUGCCUUGCUCGCUGGGGCUACAAGAUCAAGCAUAUCGAUAACAGAGCUGAGCCGACCCCUACCGGUCGAGCCGACGGCAUUCAGCCACGCUCUCUGGACCUUCUUCGCAACAUGGGCCUAAAGUCAGCAAUCAUGGCUCAUCACCCAGCUCGCGUCUACGAAGUUGCAUUCUGGGACCCAGCUUCGUCAGGAAAGGGUAUCGCCCGGACUGGAACAUGGGCCAGCUGCCCUGACUUUAUCGAUGCUCGAUACCCUUUCACAACCUUGUUGCAUCAAGGCCUGAUCGAACGUGUCUUUAUCUCCGACCUCGAGAAGAAUGGAGCUCAGGUUCAACGGCCAUGGACAAUCAAGGGCUUUACAUCCGAUGAGAAGUCUAACCCCGAAUACCCUGUCACUGUCGAAUUGGAGCAUGUCGAUGGUACUGCCCAGGAGACCAUUCACGCCAAGUAUUUGUUUGGUGGCGAGGGUGCAAGGUCAUUUAUCCGCAAUCAGCUUGGCAUUGCCGUUCACCACAAGGAUCCCAUCGCCCAUGUUUGGGGUGUCAUGGACGGUGUCGUGAAAACCGACUUCCCUGAUAUCAAGAUGAAAUGUACCAUCCAUAGUGAGCACGGCUCCAUUAUGGUCAUUCCGCGAGAGGACAACAUGGUCCGUCUUUACAUCCAAAUUGCAUCCUCUACAGAUCCCGAUUGGAAUCCCAGACGAACAGCCACCGAGGAGCAAGUGCAAGAAUCGGCCAAGAAGAUCUUGCAGCCUUACUCUAUUGAGUGGGAGCGCGUCGAGUGGUAUUCUGUCUAUCCUAUCGGACAAGGCAUUUCAGAACGAUACACACUGGACCAGCGAGUCUUCCUUGGUGGAGAUGCUUGCCAUACACAUAGUCCCAAGGCCGGACAGGGAAUGAACACAGCAUUCCUUGACGCCCAGAACCUUGCUUGGAAGAUCCACGCCGUUGAAUCCGGCUUCGCCAGCAGGGAAGUCCUCAAGACAUACGAGACGGAACGCAAGCAUGUCGCUGAGUCUCUCCUCGAUUUUGACAACCGAUAUGCGAAGCUUUUCUCUCAGCGACCACCCGCGGCUGCUGAGGUCCAGGCUGCAUCAGCCAACCAUGGCAAGAACGAUGUUCAAGAUAACGAGUUCAUCAAUGCUUUCAAGGAGUCGUGCGAGUUUACCAGCGGGUACGGUGUUUACUACAAGCCCAACGUCUUCAACUGGUCACCAGAACAUAGUGCACAAUCCCCACUGAUUCACCCCAAGGGGACCAAGCUACGAACCGGCCGCCUUUUUAUCAACUCGAAUGUGACGAGAGUAGUUGACGCCAACGUUGUGCAUUUGGAACAGGAAGUUCCCUUGAACGGCGCGUUCCGAUUGUUUGUCUUUGCAGGUGUCCCAUCAAAGACCCGCCAGGCUUUGAAAGAUUUCGCCAAUCACCUCGGUAGCCAGCGAUCAUUCUACGCAGCUUAUCAGCGGUCCGAUCUCGACAAGGUCUCAUACCACGAGAAGCACCUCCCACACAGCCGAUUCUUCACCAUCUCCACGAUUUUUUCGUCCAAGAGACCUGAAAUCGAAAUCUCUCGCGACGUGCCCGGGGUGCUUGCCCGAUAUAGGGACCACGUUUACGCUGAUGACCGAUCCGAUGCACGAUUCCCUCAGGCGAAGGCUGUAGCCCAUGCCAAAAUGGGUCUUGAUGAAGAGCUUGGCGGAGUGGUCGUUGUCAGACCUGAUGGAUACGUAGCAAUUGUGGUCAGUCUUGUCGAAGGUAGCGGAACGGUGGAUGCUUUGAACGAGUAUUUCUCGACUUUUUGCACAAAGAAGUUGGGACCUACUUUGGCGCAGCUGUAGGUACAGCACUGAGGGGAUGAAGACUGUUGAGCCAAAAGGUUGUCGAGACGUGCUGAUUUGAUGUAAAUGAUGGCUUUAGCGAAUAUACAUAUGGUGUUUAGAUCAUCUUACAAUUGAAGUUACUGCAUAAGUAUACAAAGGAAAGAAUCUCUCGGCGAAGCGAUUGAGAGGUGGUCAUG